UAUAAAUUAAAUAUUUGGUCGAGAAAAUGAGCCAGUCUUAUAAAUACCUGAAUGUGUUCUCUCCUGAAGGCAAGCUUCUUCAGAUUGAGAAGGCUUAUAAUGCUAUCAAGAACUACGGUCUCACAACAAUUGCCGUACGUGGAAAAGAUGCAGUAGUAGUAUGCACCCAAAAGAAAGUUCCUGAUAAACUAAUCGUGAAGGAAUCUGUGACUAAUAUCUUUAAGAUCACUGAUACCAUCGGUGUGAUGGUAACCGGUAGUGUUACCGAUGCAAAGUCAAUGAUUUCAUUCUUCAGGAUGGUCUCAGCUGAAUUUAAGUUUAAAAAUGGCUACCAUAUUCCAGUACAUGUCCUUGCUCAGAAAGCAUCUGAGAGAAAUCAAAUGAUUACUCAGUUUAUUGGCAUAAGGCUGAUGAGAUGCUCCUUCACUUUUGUUGGAAUUGACGAGGAAAAAGGCCCACAGGUUUAUAAAGUAGAUCCUUCAGGACACUCCCUUGGUUAUAAAGCCGUAGCAGCAGGCACUAAGGAGCAGGACGCAGUCAAUUAUCUGGAGAAGCAGUAUAAGAAGAAGCCAGAAGGAUGGAAUAAUGACGAAGCUAUCCAAACAGCUAUUAUGUGCCUACAAAAUGUUAUCUCGACUGAUUUUAAGAAUGAUGAAAUUGAGGUUGGUAUUGCUACUACUGAUAAUGUUUUCUUCCGUACUUUGACAGAAGAUGAGAUAGAAGAGCACCUGAACACCAUUGCUGACAUGAAUUAAUCAUAAAUCAACCCAAAGUUCAAUAUUUUGAAGUA